AUGUCGGGGGGAAGGGAACCAAAGAUAAUGUUGAGCGGUCCUGUGGUGGUUAAGCAGCGCGGAGUUCCGCAGCAUGUGUCGCGCGAGGAGAUGCUGGCGUUCCUGGACAAGUUUGUGCAGCAGAAGGAGGAUGCCACCGGUGGCUCGCUGGCGCUGUUGAAGCGUAUCCAGCGUGACUUCAAGGGCCUGCCGCCUCAGACAGAGUAA